AUGGACCUCAGAACUUCUGUUUUCACUAUAGUACUGCUGCUCUGGGGCUUUUCCAAGGCUGUUCCUAUCAUGGUAAGAGAGGGCAGAGCAGACAACUCAGACACUGUGGAUAUCACAACUAGGAUUAUGAGCUCAAACAAUGCAUCCAGUGAAUUGUUGAUUGAGGGUGAUCUGGUUGUACCAAGAACCAGGAAUGCCCUGAUCUGCUGGAACAACAACAACAACUGCUUGUGGAAGAAGUCCUCGAAUGGAAUAGUAGAGGUGCCUUACACACUGAGCAGUGACUUCUCCUAUGACGAUAAGCUGAUAAUUGACAAUGCCAUGGCAACGUUCAACAAAAAAACCUGCAUUCGCUUUGUUCCACAUUCAUCUCAGUAUGACUACAUCAGUAUUGAGAACAGAUAUGGGUGCUUCUCACCUGUAGGCAAGACAGGAGGGAAACAGGUGGUAUCUCUUAACAGGCAGGGCUGUGUUUACCAUGGCAUCGUUCAGCAUGAGCUCAACCACGCUCUGGGUUUUUACCAUGAGCAAACCAGGAGGGACCGCGACCAUUAUGUCAGGAUCAACUGGGACAACAUUUCCCCAUCAAUGACUUACAACUUUUCCAAACGAAACACCAAUACUCUCAACACUCCGUAUGACUACUCCUCCAUUAUGCAUUAUGGAAGAACUGCUUUUGCCAUUCAGUAUGGAGUGGAAACCAUCACUCCUAUUCCUGAUGCAUCUGUGCAAAUUGGACAAGGACAGGAUUUAUCUGACAUCGACAUUCAGAGGAUCAAUCUUCUGUAUGGCUGCUGUGAGUAA